AUGAACUGGAGGGUUCUGAGUGGCAUCGCCCUUGCCUGGCGUCUUAUCCUACCGGUCUCCUGCUAUGGCACGACGAUCUCGAUUGGGAUCAGUUACUGUCCUGCGACAUACACGAGCUCAAGCACCACCAGCAGCGCAUCGGCGACUCCUACUAUCACCCUCGGAGAACCGGUUUUUCUCACAUUCUCUCUGGGUGGUUUUCCGGAAUACCUUGCUGCUGAUGGAUCAGUCACCAAUGACACACAACAAGCCGCCUCAUUUGCUAUUUCAUCCUCCGGCCAGCUGGUGAGCGGGAGCGAUUAUGUGUCGACCUCCGGAGACGUUUCCUCACAGCCAUUUGCAGCCUCGCCCGAGGCGCCUCUCGUGAAGAGGUUGCCUCGGAUUUUCACGCUCUUCUCCAUAAUAGAGAAUGACAUCCUCGUCUGGACGAACGACGCAUUCGUUGGUGGACAGGCUAUCUUCUGUGUCUCUGGCUCGACCCUUUUCGUCGUUUUCAACGGAGUACUGCCACCAGGUUGUAUUGGUGUACAAAUCGGCGUCAUCCCCACUGCAAAUUCCAACCCGUCUACGACAUCUUCGACCACAACCUUGCCCCAGACAAGCACAAUCAGCACAAUCAGCACAAUCAGCGCCUCGUCCAUUUCAACAUCGAUGCAGUCCUCGUCAACCAAUUUCGCUUCAACCUCUACCAGUGUCACUACCGUGCCUACCACUGCCUCGAUUUCGAGUUCGUUGGUUUCUACUUCAACCACAUCAACCUCAUCGACCGAUAUAACCAGCUCGUCAUCGGCGCCUGAGUCUUCUUCAGGUCCAGUAACUUCUUCGACAACACUUUCCGCAUAUCCAGCCCCGACAACGACCGGCACACCCAACUGCUUUGACCGCUCACCAUUUGACGGCACUGUCAACAAUGACUAUCUGAUUCUGUGUGAUACCGACCUCCCAGGCUUCGAUCUUGAUGUAGUCGCGGCAUCUGACAUCGCCGAGUGCAUUGAUGCAUGCAGUUCGUAUGCUCCUGGAUCCCAGGGGCCUUGUGUUGCAGUAGAGUUUGAUAUCCUUGCCAAUACGGAUCCGUGCCAUCUCAAAUUCGACAUUGGUACUGUCAGCAGGGGAGCCAAUUCAUUUGCGCAGGCAGCGAUUGUGGUCAACAAGCCAUAUUCUCCUAGUAUUGUCUUCUCCGAUACUGGUGUUUCUAGCAGCGAAACAAGCACGACCGAAUCGUCAACCGUUACAUCUGCAACCUCCACAACGACAACUGGUAUAUCCACCCUGUCGAGUUCGUCGUCAGUUCCCUCGGAUAGUCAGAGUACUUCUGUUGAUGUUCAAUCUACCUCAAGUAUACAGCAGGAUCUCUCGACCACCACCUCCAUUAUUAGUCAGUCCUCUACGUCGCCAACAAUUGCCGGAACGAGCAGCCAGGCGAGCCCCAGUUCUAGCACUGGAGGCUCGUCAGGACCAAACAAGCCCUCAACUACACAACAGCAAUCCAGCACGAUAACCACCGCAAGGAGUUCUUCCGGUUCUUCUUCCAGCACAAAUCCUCUCAGCUCUUCAGCCGGUUCAAGUUCGCUGUCCUCGUCAGCCACCUCUGUUAGUGUUACCCCUAUUUCUACUUCGCAGCCAGGAUCUUCAGGUCCAGCUACGACCAGUCAAUCGAUCUCACGAUCAAGCUCGUCACUUACGAGUACUUCGUUGGCCACUUCGUCGCGGAGUGGCAGUGCAAGCACCACUAUCCCUCUUGCAUCCACAACCGCAGCAUCGUAUUGCUCUGCCACUCCAACCACAACCAAUCUUUGCUCCACUUACAACCACCAAGCGCUAAAUGUUAACAGCGACGGCUACUGCUACGAGGUCGAGUGCGCGACAGGACUGCAGGGAGCUGUCUUGAGUGGGAAUUCCACAACGGCUACCUCGCUCAAGAAUUGUGUCGGUUACUGCACAAACUAUAAUGUCGCGCUACCAUUUGGAUGCGUGGGCGUUAGCUACCUUGGUUCGUCAAGUGGAAACAGUCCUAACUGCCUCCUUCUGUCCAGCAUAACUGGGACGGUCUCCAGUGCAAACAUCGAUAGUGCUCGUCUGCUUUACGCUGGAUAUCCGUCGAUCAACGACCCAGUCUUCACACCUACGAGUACCACUACACAGGCUCCAGUGUCGUCGCCAUCGUCAUCCCUUGCUACAUCGUCGUCUCCAACCACAUCUACAACAUCAAACGUCCCUACGAGUUGCGCAGCCGCUCCAACUGGAUCAGCGUCAGCGUGCCCAGGGAAUUCUCCCACUUGUUAUUCCUACAAUUUCCUCGGCAACAGCGCCAACUUUGAGAUAGAAUGCGCUACGGCUUUUACGGGUUCAACGGCGCAACCGCUGCUGACGUUCGACCUCACAGACUGCAUUAAUCAGUGUCAAUAUGCCAACGCUCUUCGGGCCAACAGUUGUCUCGGAGUGACAUUCAUGGUUACAGACGUGAGCCAGGGGUCGACCAACAACUGUUUCCCUUACUCUACGUUGACUUGUGCCACGCGGGGAAACGCUACCUUCAACAGCGCCCGCAUGCUCUAUGCCGGGUAUCCACAAAUGACUGAUUAUAAUAACCCGAGUUUCCUAUGUGCUGCUUCGACCGCAACAACGUCUACCACUUCAUUAGCGUCAUCAACGAGCGUAGGUACAUCGAGAGCGCCGACAACGACGAGUGUGGCAGGGGCAAGCAGCACCGUUUCUACAUCUUCGACAGCGGAUCUUUCUCAGGCCACUUCCACCAACUUCCCACUCGCAUACCCUCAAGAUCCAAUCUGCAACAACAACCUCAUGUCAAAAUACGAAGGGGGGCAACUCUCGGUCAACCCAGUACAAGGUCGUUAUUACGACAUUGAAUGUGCGGCCGAUUACACCAAUCCAGGCAAUAACCCUUUCGGGGCCACGACACAGCCGACCUACGACAGCUGCGCGAACCAAUGUGACAUUGCAGCAGGGCAGAGCACUCCCUGCUACGCGUUUUCGUGGACAGCCAGUUCUGGCCUGUGCACCUUGUUCGGCCGAGUGAGCAAUGGUGUCCAACUUACAACUAAUAUGACCAACACGGCCGGCAUCCAUUCUGGUCGGUGGCUUUCCACGACAGUAGGCAGCACCACGAGUCCGCAAUCCCUGCAACUAUACCUCGCAAGGCCCAUUCCAUUCCCCGUGGGCCCGCUCGCUGCAAAUUCCCAAACAACCCGCGACUACCCAGGCGGCACCAACACGUAUUUCAACAGCUGGUCCGACGCCUCGCACGCCACCGUCCUCGACCUCUCAUCGCAGUACGGGAUUCAAUGGAAGAUCUUUGGCCAAGUCCAGUCGACUUUGUGGGUCACGGCCAAUUUCUGGUUCACGAACACUCCCUUGGGCGUUACCGCUGCGACGCAAAACCAGUGGAGCGCCAACUCCCGAAACAGCGAUACGUCGCCCCUCGUAUUCCCAGCCAGCAACCUGCCGGGAUAUACGCUGGCCCCGUUCUGGACGUACGGACACAUCCUCGGCGCCUCACAGCAGGGCAUCUACUACCAAGUCGACCUCAUCUCUACCGGUCGUUAUGGAAUCUCGAUCGAAUGGUUCUUCAGCCACUACGGCCAAGACAACAACGUCUUCCACGCCGUCAUGACCUACGACACGGGCGUCCCGGGGGUGUGGAGCACGUACUUUUUCCUGGCGGGCGCCUCCUCCGGCCAGUUUGAGGACCAGGGCCUUCGGCAAUCCGUGGGUGGUCAAGGGAACCCGGACAGCGCCACGCAGUAUUUCACCUACUGCGCUGGACAGCAGGACUGCGUCACGCCCGGAGCGAAGAUGACCAUGGACACCACGAAGAUCGAUGUGUCCCAGGUCAUGAACUACACGGCCGGCCUGUUCAAUCCCAGCAAUUAUGGUGUGGGCACCUGGACGUGGCAGACCAAGCCAUGCUGCUAACGAUUGACAUGUUGUUCUUGAGCCCUGUGACCUCGGGUUUUGGAUUCUGGAUAUUUGGCUGGGCAAGGAUUUCCAUUGAGGAUAGUGUUGCCUUCUAGAUUACGUCUUUUGGUGUGUUUCGAAUUAUAUUCUUUUC